AUGACCCCAGAAAAUAGGGUUGAGAGAAGGCGUGCUGGAGGUUCGCGGUCGAAAUGGAGCUUUCCUACCGAUUUGCUCGACAUCAGCAAAGAAGAUUUAUGCUCAGAAUGUGUGCUACUCAAGUGGAGGCCACAUGUCAUUGUACGAGACGAUCGUACUUCGCUCAAAAAGAAGCUAUUCAGUGUUUGUCCGUCUGGCUCAAUACCAUCAGGAAGGUUAUGCAUCCAGGUGGAUCCGCUUUCAUUCACUUCAUUUUCUGACGCAAAGGAAGCUUGCUCUUUUCGAGUACUCUCACUUCCUCGCGAAUCGGAUCGCAUUGCAUUAAUGCAGUUGGCGAAGAAAAGUUUUGACAACACCAGGACGUAUUUCACAUCGGGAUACAGAAGAGGAUCACAGUGGUUAUGGGAUGAUGGAACGCCAGUUGAGUUUGAUGUCAGUGGCAGAGGAAGAUGUCUGGCCGUAAGAAGUGGAGCCUUUCAUGCGGUUGACUGCGAUUCCCCUGGUACAGCUCUCUGCGAAGUGGCAAGGGAGUGCAUCUAUCACAGUGAAUAUGCCGGAAAAGUUAACAGUAGUCAAGGUGGUUUUCCUUGUAUGAAGUGGAACGAUCCUUCAGUACUUUUCUAUGGGUCGAGUAUAAAUGGACAGAGUGGCUGGGACCAUAAUUUUUGCCGAAUAAUAAAUGAAGAACAGUGGGUUUUGUGGCGUAUCGUUAGCACUAAGUGUUAUACAACAGUGCACCAGAUCAGCGUAAUAACUUUCAGGACUACCAGUUGCUUUGUUUCACCGUCUGUGCGACGGCCUUGCGAAGUGCCCCAGUGUCCCGACUCGCCUGGGCAUCUCGAGCUCAAAGCCGAUUUAUCUUCAUCGAAAUGUGGAGCUGGUUUCUUCCGUUGCCGUGACUCAGGCAGAUGCUUGGCGAAUGAUUUUCUCUGUGACUAUGAGCCUGACUGUGAUGAUGCCAGCGACGAGGAAGAAUGCGAAGAUUUUCUCAAGUAUUUCGAACUGAUGGGGACCUUGAAGCUGGCAGAUAAAAUCACCGAAAUAUGGACGUACAUUCCGCAUGCACAAGGGUGCGCUCGAAGAUGCAAAGAGAGUUCGCUGCUCUGCGAGGCUUUCUCCUAUGAGCCUCGAACGCAGACCUGCUUGCUCACCGACAGCUCACAUGUUGGCGACAAUCUUGCCGUGAAACCUACUAGCCAAUUUUACAGAAAGCGAUUCUCAACUAGAGAUGUACAUUACGAUCUGGUGAAUAACGUGUUGCGAGUGUCGAAAAACAAGACGUGGGCGAACGUAUGUGACGAUGAUUUUUCGGCUGACUAUGCUACGGCCAUUUGCCGUAUUUUUGGCUAUGGGUGA